AUGAGAAGUAAAAUAUCCGAUGUUAUGGAGGAAUGCAUUAAACCUACAGAAUUCAUAAUAGGUCUGAAAAUGCCACCUAAGCAUAUUGUCACUGGUGUUGUAGUGCUUGUUUUGAUUUCCGCUGAUUACUUAUGUGGUUCGGUUGGAAGUGUGGAAAUCGCCAUGGCUCAUAAAUUUUGCAAAUGUUUUAACACGACUAAUGACAAGGAAUCGGUGAAAUGUCAAUGUUUUCACAGCGAACUCGAAGAAAUUCCAAAUGAUCUGCCUACGCCUUUGCACAUGUUGAUGAUUGGAAAGGCUGCAAUUGUAAAUUUAACAAAGGAUUCAUUCACUAACUACAAAAAAAGCCUUACAGACAUAUCGUUAAGAGAUCUAAAAAAUUUAGUUUACAUAGAAAAUGGCAUUUUUGAUAAGAUGGAACAACUACGAACUAUUGUUAUUCGCACCGCUCCGAACCUUAAGGUGAUUUCUCCGACGCUUUUCGACGUGUAUUUGCCUAGAUUGAACAUCUUGGAAAUCGUUCAAACGGGAAUCAAGGAACCACCGCACUUAAGUUUAUUGAAGACCGAUCAACAUCUCCAUAUAGUAGACCUCGAAAGCAAUAGAAUAGAAAAAGUAAUUUCAGGAAAACUGUCGAUCAGCGUUGAACAACUUCAGCUCAACUAUAAUUUUAUUACCGAACUAGGACCAUUGGCUUUCAAUGACGCCGAAAUCGCCAUAGUUAACUUGAGAGGCAAUCGUAAACUUCAAAAACUGGACGCUCAAGCUUUCGUUGGGAUUAAAAGUCUUCGCUACCUAGACUUGUCGGAAACAUCAAUCCAGAGCCUGCCUACAGCCGGUCUCGAAGAACUGGACGUUUUGAAAAUCGAAAAGACGUACACUAUGAACGUUUUCCCGUCCAUCUACAACUUCAAGAACAUUAAAGAAGCAUGGUUGACAUAUCCGUAUCACUGCUGUGCUUUCCAUUUUCCCAAAACACACAACCCGCAAGGAUACGCAGAUCAUGAGAAACUCCAACAAAAAAUGUUUCAAGAAUGCAAAAAUAUACCAUUUGUAGACCCUAUUUCUACGGUAAAAACAAUGCACUCGACAACAGAGAAUUUUAUUGGCGAUGAAAUGUUUCAUACGGGUGACGUGACUGUUGGCACCAAAGUUGACGUGGUUUGCGGUAACGUGUCGAAAAACUAUCUGGAAGUCAAGUGUUACCCGGCGCCAGAUGCGUUCAACCCGUGCGAGGACCUGAUGGGAAACUGGACGCUGCGCGUGGCCGUGUGGAUCGUGGCCGUGGCCGCUCUGCUGGGCAACAUGGCGGUGUUGUUCGUGUUGCUCAGCAGUCGGUUCCGGUUGACGGUGCCCAAGUUCCUCAUGUGCAACUUGGCCAUGGCAGACUUUUGCAUGGGACUCUACCUGUUGCUGAUCGCCGUUAUGGACGCCCGGUCAAUUGGACACUACUUCAAUCACGCCAUAUUCUGGCAGAGAGGUAUCGGUUGCCAAGUUGCCGGUUUCCUGACCGUCUUUUCGUGCAUGCUGUCCGUGUUCACGCUGAUGAUCAUCACCGGCGAACGUUGGUAUACUAUCACUUACGCCAUACACCUCAACCGUCGGCUCAAGCUCGGCGCCUCCGUCAACAUAAUGGCCGUCGGUUGGCUGUUCUCGGUGGUCAUGGGUGCGUUACCGCUGAUGGGCACCAGUGGUUACUCGAAGACCAGCAUUUGCUUGCCCAUGGACAACUCGUCGUUCGCCGACAAAGUAUACCUGUUCUCCUUGCUGACGUUCAACGGCGUCGCGUUCGUGGUGAUAUGCGCGUGCUACGCAAAGAUGUACUCGUCGAUCAGGGGUGGCCGCGAGGCAGUGGCGUCGGUGGCCAGGUCCGACAUGACGGUGGCCAAGCGCAUGGCCCUGCUGGUGUUUACCGACUUCGCGUGCUGGGCGCCGGUGGCGUUCUUCGGGCUGACCGCGCUCGCCGGUUACCCGCUCAUCGACGUGCCCAAGACCAAGAUCCUGUUGGUGUUCUUCUACCCGCUAAACUCGUGCGCCAAUCCGUAUCUGUACGCGCUGCUCACACAACAGUAUCGCCGUGACCUGUUCGUGCUGCUCAGCCGGUUCGGCGUGUGCAGCCGUCGCGCGGACGAGUACAAGGGAACGGGCCCGGUGCCGUGCGGCCGCCGCAAGGCCCACUGCAACGACGCGCAACGGCACCGAGACCGGCGGGGCUACGGCGGCGGUGGUGGCGGGGGCGGGGGCGGCUUCGGCGGGGGCGACGACUGCGGCGGCGGCGGGGGCGGCGGAUACGACGACGUGGGACAGAGCGGCGGCGGUGGCAGCAACCAUCACCGCGGUUCCGUGAUGACCACCGUCACGUCCGUCGACUCGGUGGUCGCGUGCCGGCCGGGAUCGCUGACGCCGCUCCAGGAGCAGCAGCUCAACUGCAGCGUCGAGUACGCGGCGCACCGCACUCACUCGCCGCCGCACACGCCGCCGCCGGUGCAACAGCUGCAGCAGCCGUCGCUGAUGACGCCGCUGCAGCAGAACUUGGAACUGAUGCCGCUGCACCGGGCUUGACGCACGGCCGCUGCCGGAGACCGCGACUACAACUACCUUGACGGCGAAGACGACGACGACGACGACGACGGCGACGACUACUACUACGAAGGCGAUUCCGUGUCCGUCGUUUCGAUGCAACUGCGCCAGAGAUCGCGCGACGGGUGCAGCGAGUGACGUCGACGUCUCGACCGCCGAUGAUCCACCGUCGGAGACCCGACCGCAAACCAUCGCCGCCGCCCGUCGCGUUUUCGACGAUGAUAAUUUCGUUAUUAUCAUUAUUAUUUUGACAAACGCGCCAGAUCUUUGGUGGGUUUUCGCCAUCGUUGAUGAGAUGAUAUUAUAAUAUGAAACCGAUUUUCCGUUUUUGAUCCACGUGCAUAGAUAUAAGAUAUGUAAGUUUAUAGGUAAUUGUAUGCCGUUUAUAUAUCAUAUAAGUAUCAUACAAGGCUGGGCGAGUUGACUAUUUUUUAAGUCGUGUCAAGUCAAUAUAACUAACGUGCGCGUCAGAUAAAUGUAAAUGAAGUUACUUUCCUUAAUUUCUAACGUAUCCAUUUUACAACGUAAACAGAAAAAAUAAAUACAGAUAACUUAGUCAGAAAAAUCAGUUAGUUAUACUUAUCAACAUCUCAAUUAAACUGAAUAUCUAAAAUCUAUGGCAAAUCACAAUUCUAGUAAUAAGUAAUUAAUAGUAAAUUUCAUUAAUGUACCUAUACACCCAUAAAUAAAAAUAAUACGUAUACGAGUAAUAUUAACAGGAAAAUGACAGAAAGAAAAGCCAUCCAGUGAUUACAUACUGUACUUGCAAGGAUUAUUAAUUAUUUAGGUUAAUUGUGUAUGCAAUAAUGGCCCCAAUGUCUCAAUAAAAGUAUAAACUCCGAACUGCGAGUUAACACUUAUUUGGUAAACGGUAGUGUUAUAAUUAUAGAAAUUUUCGAAAAUAAUAUAUGUUUGGGUGAGAAUAUCAUUUUCUAUAGAAAGUCAUGUUAACGUGUAUUUACAUAAGUUAUUUCGAACUCUAUUUAAAUCCAGAAGUGAUGAAUUCAACACAUCGACAGUCUACAUUUUAGAAAAUAAUAAAAUCAAACAAACCAUAAAAUAUAUUUCGUUCGGUCUUCGUAUUAUGAGAACAGUUAACUUAACGUGACUAUAUUACAAUUAUUAUUGAUCAACCGUAGUUUAGUAACUGCAUAUCAUGGAAUAAAUUUUGACUUUUUAACGUAGAUACUUUCAAAAAAAACUUCAAACUUUUUAUGUGACUUGGUUAAAAGUAAUUUAACUUUUUAACUCGUUAACGCCCAGCCUCGUAUACGUAUAUAAUACAACGAGUACUGUAUAGUGCAGUAGUUCUCAACCGGGGUGACAUGUCACCUUAGGGUGACGUGGACCUAGCUUAGGUGUGACGCAGAAUUUUAACAAGAAAAGAAAAAAUUUAAAAAAUAAAUUUUUCGAUAAUAGUAAAAUUAUAAUAAUAAUAAUACAAUUUUUUUUAACUUUAAUUUUUUUCUGUACUGUAUUUUUUUUUUUAAUAAAAGAAUAAUUUUAAUAUAUACAGCUAAGAUUGUUUAUUAUUUUGAUGUUAGGUUUUUUUUUUUUUUUAAAUUACACAGUUAGGGUGACGCGAUGUUUGAUUCUAGUGGCUAAAGGUGACAUGAAUCAAAAAAGGUUGAGAACUACUGGUAUAGUGUAUAGUAGGUUUAUAUUAUGUAGUAUGCGGCACCUAUUAUUGACUUAAUAUGUAGAGAAUAAUAUAUUAUUAUGUAUACUUACACGCGACGUGUGUCGCAAAAAGUCGAUUAGUCGACAAAUUAAUAAUAUAAUAAACAUUGUAUUUGUAUAGUUUAAACUUUAAAUCAUUGUAGGUAGUUGUACCCAUGUACUCUGCACAUAUUAUUAUAAUAUUAUGACACGGUACACAUUAUAAAGUGUUUUAAAAAAUCUCAAAAAGUCAUGUUUCGUAUGGAAUAUCAUACUGACGACUUGAGUCCUUAUAGCCAACUAAAUAAUAAUAUUAUCAACCUAUGUGUACCCCCUUAUAAUAUACUUUUGUACGAAUGUAGAUACGAUAUUCAGGUAUGACUGUUUUCGUUAGGAAAUUUAUUCAAUAACGGUUUGACUGUAAACACGUUGUAUAAUAAUAUUAUAUUAAAUAUUCUAUAACGAUAUAUUGUUUAGUGUUGAUAAACUUGUGUUGCUGCCCCGUGUGUGUGUGUUGUUUAGUUUACUUUUUGUAAUGUUUUGAAGACAAUUUAUAAAAUAAAUAACAUUAUUAACCUA